UCUGCUAAGUUCCUUGUUAUUGCAUACGAGUCCUCGGAGAGAGCAUUCCUUGGACCAAUAAGUCAUGGCAGUCGAGAUAAGUCUGCAGGAGGGUGCUCUCUGGGGACACAGGCUGCAGAGAUUGGAAGCAAUGUUGACGCAAGACCCCGUCUCAUGCGAUGGGACGACGACCAAGGACCUAUUCACUGCUGCGGAACGAGGCCAAGUUGAUGAAUUCAUCCGAGUCGUAGAACGUUACUGUUCCGAGGGCGACCGACGUCUGUGUCUGUGGGUCAUUCGGAGCCCCUCCCGGAAUUCAUUGCUCCAUAUCGCCGCUGACCUCGAGAGAGACGAGAUGCUGAGAGCCAUCGUCCAACACUUUCCCGUCAAUCUCUUAGCCGAGGAAAAUUGCAGGGGAGACACUGCGCUUCACUUGGCCGCCAGGGCCGGAAGGGCCCCUGCUGCCCGAGUGCUCAUCGGCCGAGCAUCGGACGUCGGUGAGAGAGAGAGGCGGCGGAAUCUCGUGCAAGUGAGAAAUCGCAGGGGAAACACCCCGCUGCACGAGGCCGUUAUGAACGACCACCUUGAAGUGGUUGAGAUCUUGAUAGGUGAGGAUUUGCAACCCGUGUAUUGGAAGAACAAGGAAGGUAAAUGUCCGAUGACUCUGGCCGUCGAGAGAGGCAACUUGGAGAGAGGCAAAUUGGGGGUUCUCGGGAUUCUGCUGGCAAAGCCACUUGAGCCAUCAUGCAUACAAGGCGAGUCGCCCGUUCAUGCGGCUGUCUUAAACCGCAAACUCGACAUGCUGAGGGAAAUUUCGGAGAAAAAUCCAAAAUUGUUUGGAUUGAAAGAUGAUGGACAGGGCACUCCGCUCCAUUUGGCAGCAUACAUCAAUUACUGUGACGGCAUCAAAUUCUUGCUUGAAGAAUUCACCUCGAGUGCAGUUGAAUAUGAUAGAGAUGGCUAUUUUCCUAUUCACGUCGCUUGCAAAGAGGGUCAUGUUCAAGCCAUCAAGGAGCUGCUUCGGCAUUGGCCAAAUCCGAUGGAGUUGAUCAAUCAGCACGGACAAAACAUCCUUCAUGUCUGCGCCAAGUACGGAAGUAUCCAGGCAGUAAAGUACAUACUCGGGAAUGCCGACCUUGAGAAGCUUAUCAACGAGAGAGACAACGACGGGAACACUCCUCUGCAUUUGGCCACAUUGCCGUGGCACCCCGUGGUUCUGCUUGAUCUCGUGCUGCACAAAAGAGUUGAUUGUAAGCUUCUCAACAACGAAUGCUUGACGGCUCUCGACUAUGCGAGAGAGCAAAUGAAAAUAACGAAUUCUACGAUUCGAAAGAAAUUACCCGUAAUGAUUUUGAAGUGUGUCGAGGCACCUACAAGUAUUGAUUUGGCAAUCCAUAAGUCAAGAAAUCGAGAUAUUAUGGCAGACUAUAUAGUCCGUGCUCUCCAAACCGGAGGUGUAUUGAGGGUACAGAGGGAUGCUCAUCCGAUUGUCGCCACGCUCGUGGCAACCGUGACCUUUGCAGCUGGUUUAACGGUUCCUGGAGGUUUCAUCGAGAGUUCGGAAGCUAACCCAGGAACGGCUACAAUGCUGAACAAGGGUAUGUUCCAGGCCUUUGUCAUUUGCAACACCAUCGCGAUGUAUACUGCCAUGAGCGUGGUCAUGUUUUUGUCUUGGGCACAAGUUAAUGACUCUUACAUUGCCCUAACUGCCCAUAUAAUGGCAAUGAAGGGGAUGUUGGUAGCUCUUGGAACAAUGUCUGUAGCGUUUAUGGCCGGUGGCUACUUGCUUGUAAGCAAGCUCACUUGGCUCGCCUCUCUCGUCCUGUUGAUCGGAGCUGGUGCCCUGUGCCUUCUCUGCGGUCUGCACAUGGCAACGUACGCUUUUUUCCUGGCAAAUACCCGCUCUGUCCGCUACAUACUCCUCUGUGGCAUCCGCCUAGGAGUCAUGACAUCGAGACUUGUAGCUCGCUUCCCCGAUUUCCCGCAAGAUGAAGACUUGCAACCUGCACGCAAGAAUGGAACAAGGACAACUGGAACGUCGAAUGGGAAUCCCCCGGCCACUUAGCCUUCUGUCCAGUGGUACUUAGCCUUGCCAAUCGAUUCCGGGCAAACUUUUAUUUAUGUCGCCUAUCUUAUCCAUGUUGAGCUUCUUUGCUUUACAAGUCGUGUGGUCGAGUUUCAAGAAUCCACUUGCAAUUGAUGGAGACAGCCUUCUCUUUCCUUUUGGUUGACCGUGGAAAAACCGCACCGUCCUUGCUUGCCUGGGUGGUAAAUAAUGGAGACGCUGUUAUUUCACGCUGUAUACGGAUGUGUAACUAUCGGUCUCCUUGGGUGCGGCGUUGUAUGGUACAUACGAGUAAAUCACAAUUGAACCUUGCUGAGUC